AUGACCCACGUCCCCAGGAUGUCCCACAUUCCCAGGAUGUCCCACGUCCCCAGGAUUCCCCACAUUCCCACGCUGUCCCACCUCCCCCGGGACGGCUGCCGUCCCCAGCGUGCCCCUCUCCGCGGGUGCCGCCGCCAGCGACGCCGCGUUCUGCCGGAGAGAGCCGCUGUGGCCGGAGGGUCCUCGGUGUCCCCAUGGCCGUGGAGGUGCCACCGCGGUCCCCGUGCCACGCUCACCGCCGCGGUGCCGCCGGUCACUGGGGAUGCCGCUGUCCCUUUGCUCCGGGGACACCUUUUCGGCCACGGUGUCGUUACCCUCCCCGUUACCACCCCCCGGCAUUUUCCCCGCCGGGACGGCCGUCCUCGCGGCCAUGGCCACAGCAGAAGGGACGCCGUCGGGGACACCCCGGUCCCGGCCACGCCGGUGCCCAACAUCCCCGAGGACUGCAGCAGCGACGACGCUCACGCCGUGGGACGGAGCCCGCUGGCCGUCCUGCGUCAGGUCGUGGCCGCUUGCGCCUGCCCCGAGCUGUUGGGCAGCCCCGUUGUGCCCGAGGGUGCCCGGCACCGGGCACGGAGCAUCCUACGGGAGAUGGAUGCCGGCAACAUCGGGGGCUACAACCACCAGCACCGGGCACUGGGGGUCCCGACCAGGGUCGCCCGUUUCCUCGAGCGUCGCGACGGCGGCGCGCCCUGCCACCCCCGCAACGUCGUCCUCUGCAGCGGCACCGCCAGCAUCCUCCCGUUCGUGGUGUCGCUGGUGGUGGACGAAGCGGCGGCACAGCCGACGGGCGUGCUGGUGCCGGUGCCGGGUCCCCCGCUCCACCGGGCCGCGGUGGGGGUUGGCGGGGGGCCGUGGCCGUGCCGUACCCGCUGGCCGAGGAGCGGGGGCUGGGCGGUGGACGGCGAGCCGGUGCGACGGGCGCUGCGGCGGGCGAGGUGCCACCCCAAGGUGCUCUGCGUCGUCAACCCCGGAGACCCCACCGGGCACGUGCUGAGCCGGCAGAACAUGGAGGACAUCAUCCGGCUGGCGGCCGAGGAAAACCUCCUGCUGCUGGCGGACGAGGUGCAGCAGGAACGAGCCUUCCUCCCCGGCCGCCCCUUCCUCUCCUUCAAGCGGGUGCUGUGGGAGAUGGGUGCCCCGCUCGCCUCCACCGUCCAGCUCGUCUCCUUCUAUUCCCUCUCCAAAAGCGUCGCCGGCGAGAGCGGUUUCCGCGCGGGGUUCCUGGAGCUGGUGAACGUGGAGGAGGGCGUCACGCUGCCCUUCCAGCUGGCACAGUCCAUCCCCCGGCCCUGCGUCCUGGGACGGAUCCUGCUCGACCUCCUCAUGGACCCGCCGGAUGAGGGGGAUCCCAUCCAGCAGGCUCUGGAGGAGCACAGGCAGGGGCUGCGCCACGACCUGGCCCACAACGCCCGCCGGGUGCAGGAGGUGCUGGGCCGGGUCCCCGGCAUCCGCUGCCGCCCCGUGCAGGGUGGUGCCCGCGCCUUCCCCCGCAUCCAGCUCCCACCCCGCGCCUGCGCCGGGCCCAGGUGA